CUUCUCUUCCAUUCUCAACUCAAACAAGUUUGAAAAACAGAGAGAGAUCAAGAGAGCUCUAAAUUAAUGGGGAGAUCUCCAUGCUGUGAUGAAGUAGGGGUGAAGAAGGGGCCAUGGACGCCAGAAGAAGAUGAGAAGCUUAUUGAAUAUAUAAAGAAGCAUGGACAUGGAAGUUGGCGACAUCUUCCUCGAAAUGCUGGUCUCAACCGCUGUGGAAAAAGUUGCAGACUCCGUUGGACUAAUUAUCUCCGCCCUGAUAUCAAGAGGGGAAAGUUCUCAGAGGAGGAAGAAGGGCUCAUCAUCCAACUCCACUCUAUGCUCGGCAACAAGUGGUCUUUGAUAUCUACCAAGCUACCAGGGAGGACAGAUAAUGAGAUUAAGAAUCACUGGAACACCCACCUCAAGAAGAAACUACUUUUAAUGGGCAUUGACCCAGUAACACAUCGUAGAAGAGCUGACUUAGGGUUCCUCGCCAACUUACCCAAUCUUCUUUCCUCCACCAAUCCCGGCUGCAGAAUCCCAAAUCCAUGGGACAGUGCCCUCCAGCUUCAAGCCGAAGCAGCAAACCUUGCACAAGUUCAGAUCUUGCAGGGUCUCCUUCAAGUCCUUAUUGCUUCUUCUUCUUCUUCUUCUUCUCCCAAUAAUUCAAACGUUUCUCCAAAUUUGAAUAUGAACAAUCUCAUGGGUUCAUCACUCACACCCCUUCAGAAUAUUGAGGCCUUACUUAAUGGCUCCUUUGGUCUUCCUCAUGGUUCGAUUCUAGCUGCAUCCACAGCUCAAAUGAAUCAUGAUUACCAAAUUCAUGAUCCUCUUCAGGAUCAUCCUGAGAUAAAGUAUAUUGAAAAACAUGAUUUAGAGUUCAGCACCCCUUCACUUGUUUCAGCUUCACCUGAAAACACAACUUCAGUUAGUCUAAAGCAAGAGCAUAUCCUUUCAAAUGAAGUUUCAGCAGCAAUUGAUCCAUGGGAUGCUCUAAACUUGAAUGAUCUUAAUGGGGCUGAUCUUGGCUGGAAAGAAAUACUUGAUCAAAUAUCAUGGUGAACGCUGUUGGGAGUAGAAGCAUUGGAGAAGGAAGAUGAAGGAGAAAUCUGUGAAUAGGAAAAUUCAAUUUAAUAAAUUUAAUUAGCCGCGAUACAAAAGACAUGAUUUUGUACAAAAUAAUGAGACAAUGAUAGAGAAGAUACAGACAGUUCUGUGAAUGAGUAGGCUGUACUAUUUACUAUUCCUCAAACAUUUAUUGUUAUUGUACUUCGUUUUUUUUUAUAUAUGGUUUUAUUUUUUAAAAAAUAUUUGA